GACGAUCUCCACACCCCAGAUCUUCGACCCUUCAACAUCCCCGGCAUCCACCACGGUCAGCCUUCAUCAUCAGUCCUCACUGUCAGCCUCCUCCAUUUUCUCCCCAUACUGUUUUUCGCAUGCAUUCCACGUAGUUGCUGCGACGCUCUACCGCAACAAGCACUCAUAAGCUCGUGCGACAAUGGGUCUCGGCAUUCUCUCUGACCAUGCUCUCGAACAGGUCCCUGGGACCGCGCAGGUAUUGGAAGGCGAGCAGCGGAGGGAGAUAGAAAGAAAUGCAGGAAGUAUCAUAGGGAGGCCAGGCUUGAAGUACGACAAAACUGGGACAAUACUGCUUGUUCCGCAGCCGAGUGACGAUCCGAAUGAUCCGCUUAACUGGUCGCUUCGUCGCCGCGACACCAUUCUCUUUCUUUUGUCCGUCCUAUCAGUCAUCGCAAGCACCCUCUCUCCGAUCCUCGCCGCCAACACUGUCUCCCUCGCCAUUUACUUCGGUCGCAACUUAACCGACAUGGCUCUAUUAACGGGGUACCACCUCUUGGGUGUCGGGGUCGCGGGGUUUCUUUUCGUACCUUCAGCGCGUAUCUGGGGAAAACGACAUGUGUAUCUCCUAGGCAAUGUGGUGGUCGUGGUGAGCUGUGUCUGGGGUGGCGCGAUCGGAAAUCAUUAUGCUGGAUUUCUAUGGGCGAGGGUGUUUCAAGGCGUGGGGCUAGCUCCAUUCGAGGCGCUUGUUAAUGCUAGUGUUGGCGAUAUGUAUCACGUCCACGAGCGCGGAGUUCGCAUGGCGCUGUCAAACUUCUGCGUCUUCGGAGGCGCGUUCCUUACGCCAGUCUUGGUAGGAGUGAUUGCAGAUCGAAUCGGGUACCAGUGGACAUUCUAUUUUGUCGCCAUAUUCGCAGGAAUCAUGUUACCGUUGGUCAUACUCUACUGCCCGGAAACAGCGUUCAGGAGAGAAGAAAAAUUUGACAUUGACACCAUGGGAAACUUGCUGGUUAAGGAUGGAGAAGAAAUGAAAAUCCUGGGGAAUAGAGGAUCGAGCAGUACAUCUGCUGAACACGAAGCAGCUGGAAAUACGGAUGAAAAGGGAACAGGAAACUCUCCGGACCAGCAGUCGGUGGGCGAUCCGCCACGCAAAGCUACUUUGCUCGAAAGCAUGAAGCCGUUUAAUGGGCGAAAAACAGAUGAGAGGUAUCUGCACCUCCUUCUGCGUCCGUUCUCACUGUUCUUACAUCCGGGUAUACUAUGGGCUUGUCUAAUCCAAGGCACUCUAAUCGGCUUCACGGUCCUUAUCGGUGUUGUGCUUGCAGCGAUUAUGCUCGGCCCACCGCUUUGGUUCGGGGAGGUGGAGACAGGAUACAUGUAUACAGGCGGCUUCAUCGGUGCACUCCUAGGCUUUGCCCUCACCGGUCUGAUCAGCGACUGGUCCGCCAACCUGCUCACGCGCCUCAACAAUGGCGUAUAUGAACCCGAGUUCCGCAUGGUACUCGUGAUCCCACAAAUGAUACUAGGUUGCGCUGGUAUUUACGGCUUCGGCUGGACCAGCGCAGACGCAGCGACGUACGGGUGGUUCUGGCCUGAUUUCUUCUUCGCGCUCGUAGUUAUGGGUAUGGUGUGUGGUGCUGUCGCCAGUGCUCUAUACAUUGUGGAUGCGCAUCGCGGCAUGUCCAUCGAAGCUUUUACGUGCCUCCUCGUUUUCAAGAAUGUGUUCUCCUUCGGCCUGACGUUCAAAGGCUUCGACUGGAUCGUUGAUGCUGGACGGCGGAGUGGAGCAGGUGGAGGUGGGGGGAUCAAGGGCCUUUUUAUCGCUGUCGGGAGCGUGCAGGUCGCCAUUUGUGCGUUGACGAUUCCGAUGUACAUCCUUGGCAAGAGGAACCGGAGUUUCUUUCACCGUCACAAUGUUUUCUUUGCAGUAACGGAUUGGGUGGCGGAUAAACUGACAUUUUGGUAGCAGAUUGUCAAUGGAAGGCAAUUGCUGGGGAGAGUCGCUUGGGUGGUAUCAAUGUGGACUCCGAUCCCUACACUAUCAUUUACUAUAUUAAUUCUUAUAUUCUGUUGUCGGAUCAAAGGUAUCCAUCGCUGCCAUGUAAAUACCUUAUGGGCCGCAGACCCUGCAUCGGUUACACGGCAUGGCUAUCACAUUAUAAACCAUAUGGAGUUCUAUCCUUCCACAUACGACCAUAGGACACUGAGAAUUAGUUCACUCGUCCGCUCAGC